AGAAAGAAAAAAAAUGACAUGUCGGAGAAACUCGAACUCUGGCUUAGAGGCCUCUGUGAGACACACAAAGAUGGUGUAUCUGAAUCUAGAAGAACACUGGAGGAUCAGGCUUCUCCUCAAGAUCUACACCCCAGAGCUGUGUACUUUGAGACUCAAUACAUAGAGGCGAUGGUUGUUAAACAGUACAAAAGAACCUACAGUGAGAGCCACCAUGAAGUUGAGAAGAUGGGAAGAGAUCAUGCAGAGCUAAAAGAGGAGCACAUGAAAGGGAAAUGUGAGAGAAUCUGGACAGAGCAUCUUUUUAGAAGGAGUCCCGGGAGUGAGACCGACCCUCACAUUGUAGUGGUCAGUGGGGUGGCUGGAAUUGGGAAGACCACCAUGGUGCGGAAAAUAAUGUUUGACUGGGCCAAAGGCUCUCAGUACCAGAGGUUCGCAUUUGUGUUCUUGUUUAAAUUCAGGGAGCUCAACCUACUAGACACAAAGACUGAGUCCCAGAUGUCUCUGACCAGACUGAUUAUAAGGCACUAUAAAUAUUUCGAUGACCCAAGACUAAGGGAAAUCCUGCAGAAACCUGAAUCUCUCCUUUUUAUAUUUGAUGGUCUUGAUGAGUACAAACACAAACUGGACUUUACACAGGAGCAGCUCUGCUCAAGCCCAGAUGACAACUUUCCUGUCCACAUCCUUGUCACCAGCUUGGUCAGAAGGACAUUACUAAAGGGCUGUUCUGUCCUCAUAACAACCAGACCAACAGCUCUGGAGACACUGGACACAGAGAGGGCUGAUCGAUUUGCAGAAAUCCUGGGGUUCUUCCCUAAACAAAGUCUGAUGUACUUUAAGAAGUUCUUUGGUGAUGCUGAGCUGGGCUCUGAGGCUUUUCAGUAUGUGGAGGAGAAUGCCAUCCUGUACACCAUGUGCUUCAACCCCUCGUACUGCUGGAUUGCCUGCUCUGUGCUGAAGACCUACUUCAAAACACCUGAUGAAAAUCUAGACACUGCCCCCAGAACUCUCACAGAACUCUUUGUGAUGUUCCUUCACAACAUUCUCACCAGUCACAAGCAAGAAGCCAAGGAGCAGCAAGAGAUUCUGCUCAAACUAGGAAAGAUGGCUUUUUAUGGAGUGGACAACAGAAUUCUGGUGUUUGAUGACAAGUUUGAGAUGUCCGUCUUUGGUCUCCAGCCAGCUCUAUCAGGGUUCCUCAAAGAAAUCCUUCAGAGUGAAAGCACUCUGGAGCACACAACAUACACAUUCUAUCACCUCACCUUGCAGGAGUUCAUGGCCGCCUGCUACUUUUACCUUGAUCCAUCAGGGGAUGUCGAGGAGCUACUUGUGAAGCUAGACUCAUGUGAAGAUGGCCGGUUUGAGAUUUUCACUCGAUUCUUGGCAGGACUGGCCAGGCCUUCUGUGUUUAAAACACUGCGUGGAAUCCUGGUGCAGUUUGAGUGGAAGACGGCAAACAGGAUACUGGAGUGGGUGAAGUGGAAAGCUGAUCAGGCGCUAAGGGGUGAAGAUAAAAAUGAAGCUCUGCGAGUGUGUCAGUGGCUCUAUGAGACUCAGAAUAACAGAAUAAUCAGAAACGCCAUUGGGAAGGAUUUAAAGAUGGAUUUUAAUAAGAUGACUUUAUCACCUCUGGACUGUGCUGUGCUGGGCUGUGUCAUCAGCUGCUGUGAAGAACUUAAGAAGCCCACUCCAGAAUGCAUCAAGAGACUGGCACCAGGGUUCGUCUUCUGCAGCUGUGUCAUGAUCUACUCAGGUCAUCUCACCUCUGACUGUUGUUCACCUCUCUUCUCGGCUCUCUCUGCUCCACAGUCAAAACUGACUACGCUGCACCUGGAUAUGAAAAAACUGAGAGAUUCAGGAGUGAUUGAGCUGUGUAAGGAGCUGAGGAGUGAAAACUGUACAUUAGAGGAACUGUGGCUGGAAAGAUGUUGUCUCACCUCCAGAUGUUGCUCUGCUCUCUCUUCGGCUCUUUCUUCUCCAAGCUCACAACUGAUUGGUCUGAAUCUGAGCAGUAAUAACUUGAAGGAUUCAGGAGUGAUUGAGCUGUGUGAGGGGCUGAGGAGUGAAAACUGCAAAGUUGAGUCAUUAUGGCUGACAAGAUGUUGUCUCACCUCCAGAUGUUGCUCUGCUCUCUCUUCAGUUCUUUCUUCUCCAAGCUCACAACUGGUUGAUCUGGAUCUAAGCAGUAAUAACUUGAAGGAUUCAGGAGUGAUUGAGCUGUGUGAGGGGCUGAGGAGCGAAAACUGCAAAGUUGAGAGAUUAUGCCUGUCUAAAUGUGGCCUCACCUCGACAUGUUGUUCAUUCCUCUCUUCAGUUAUUUCUUCUCCACACUCAACGCUGACUGAACUGGACCUGAGCGGAAAUAUCAAUAUGAAGGAUUCAGGAGUGGAUCAGCUGUCCUGUGUGAAUGUGGUCUUACCUCAAGAUGUUGCUCAGCUCUCUCCUUAG